UUUUCGAAAAUCUAUACUCCUCCAACAUUCAACCUCUUGUCAGUGGUAUUAGAUCUUUGAGUUUUAAUUUCCAAAUAUGAGUGAUCCCAAGUAUGCUUUUUCUUACGCUGCUCAAGGUUAUUAUCAAGGUCCCCCAGUUGCUUAUCCUUACCCUGCUCAAUUUUAUUAUCAUCAAGGUCCCCCAGUCAUGGCACCACCUCCACAGUAUGCUGCUCCACCUCCAAGGCCUGGUUUCCUUGAGGGCUGUCUCACGGCUUUGCGUUGCUGCUGUCUAAUUGGUGAGUGCUGCUCUGAUUCUUCCAUAUUCCCUGUGAGCUGAUCAUCUCUGUAAUGUAUAAUGGAGAAAAUAUUUUUUAUAAUUUAUAAAUAUCAGUGGUUUUUGUUUUA